UGAAACCCGUUUCCUUUUCCGCAUUGCCGCAGACUGGGGUGGUCAAGCGGCCUGCCCCACCAAGCUCAGUGAGCGUGGCUAUUUUGUUGGUGGUAAAUGAACCCAGUGCCAGGCGGGCGGGCGAUGAUGGGAACCCCGCCAUGGCCGUCUCCUAAAGAAAAUCUGCACCCCUCCUUGUUGCAGCACCAGUUCUUGUUUUUCUACAACAUUGUUUUCUACAACAAAAAAAUCACAAUCCGUUAAAAUGGCCGCUCGCAAGGAAUACUCUCUUCUCUGCCUUGAGAACCCUCUUCUCGACAUCCAGGCUGUCGGCAACCAGGAGCUUCUCGACAAGUACGGCCUCAAGGCCAACGAUGCUAUUCUCGCUGAGGAGAAGCACCUUCCCCUCUACGAGGAUCUCCUCAACAACUACGAGGCUAAGCUGAUUGCUGGUGGUGCCGCCCAGAACAGUGCCCGUGGUGCCCAGUACAUCCUCCCCGAGAACAGCGUUGUCUACCUCGGCGGUGCCGGCGAGGACAAAUACUCUGCCAUUCUCCGCGAUGCCGUCAAAGCUGCUGGCCUCCGUGUCGAAUACCGUGUCGACCCCAACAUCAAGACUGGCCGUUGCGGUGUUGUUAUCACCGGCGACAACCGCAGUCUCUGCACCGACCUUGGCGCCGCCAACCACUACGAUGUUGACCACCUGAAGAAGCCCGAGAUCUGGACCCUCGUUGAGAACGCCGAUGUCUACUACAUUGGUGGCUACCACUUCACCGUCUGCCCUGCCGCCAUUAUGGAGCUUGCCAAGCAGGCUGCCAACAACAACAAGAUCUUCGUCUUGUCUCUCUCUGCCCCCUUCAUUCCCCAGUUCUUCAAGGAACCCGUCGAUGCCAGCGCCCCCUACUGGGAUUACAUCAUUGGUAACGAGACCGAGGCUGCUGCUUACGCCGAGGCUCACGGCCUUGCUUCCAAGGAGCCCAAGGACGUUGUCCAGCACCUUGCCAACCUUCCCAAGGUCAACGAGAAGAGAAAGCGUGUUGCCAUCAUCACCCAGGGCACUGAGCCCACCCUUGUUGCCGUCCAGGGUGAGGAGGGUGUCAAGGAGUUCCCCGUCCACGCUAUUGACAAGAAGCUCAUCAACGACUGCAACGGUGCUGGUGAUGCCUUUGCCGGUGGUCUCUUGGCCGGUAUUGUUGAGGGCAAGUCUCUCGAGACUUCCAUUGACAUGGGUCAGUGGCUUGCUAGACUCAGCAUCCAGGAGUUGGGUCCUUCGUACCCCUUCCCUAAGCAGGCUUACUCUGCUUAAAUAACAAAUUAAGCAAAUCAUAAUACUGCGUGAUCCCGCUUUUGGGAGCGCAUUCACCGUGAUAGACACGGCUCGGCGUUGAGGGCAAAAGAUUUGGGAAACGGUUUCAACAACGGCGUUUUGCAUCUACGACGGGCAUACGAGGCAGAUUUCGUCCUCUUGAUAUUGACUGCAUAUUGCAAAAGUAUCCUCCACGAUACUCAAUUGAUUUUAUAAUUAACUAUAUAACAAUCAAAUUUGACCAACCAUGGCACCUGU